AUGGAGACUGACAAAAUGUCGACGGCGUCGUCAGUGGGGGCCGCGGAGAGACGGCCUCUGUUGCAAGCUCUGGUUAUUGAGAGGCGAAUACUCUUUGGAUGCACAUGUUUCAUAGGGCUGUGCACUUUUCUUUGGAUCGCUGCUGUAUGCACUGAAAAAUGGGUGCAUAUAGAAGGUGGAGACGGAAUUUACCUGCCCACGGGCCGGUACUUCAUGUACAGCAAUACUGGAGUGUGGGAGAUGUGCAGAUACGUCUUCCAACCUAACAAGACUAUUACGCCUAAAGAGGCACCCCCGAACAUUUCAAACCUCACGGGACAAUUUUAUACAAGAUGCACAAAUUACCUGGCCCAGCCCACCAUGGACAAUGGGCGUCCAAUUGACUUAGCUUACGAUAUAAAUAUAGCUAAUUACGUGCGGACGAUGAUAUCUUUUGGUAUCAUCAGCUUAUUCGUCAUGGCUAUGGGAUGUGGCUUCUCCGUGUACACCUUCCACAACCCUCGGUACAUGUUCAAGCGUCUUGCUGCCGGCAUCCAUUUCAUUAGCACAUCAUGCACAUUCGUUGUUGUGCAAGUAAUGAUGUCUUCAGUAGACCAUAUGAAGAAGAGUGUGAAAUUCAUCUAUCCAGCGUGCCUACCAUUAGUAAGUAUUGAUUACGUAAUCAUUUUCUUAAAUAUAUAUGUAUGUUGA